AUGACGCGCGCGCUCGCGAGUGUGGACUCUGGCUCGCAGAGCGUGGGAUCUGACGACGACGACAGGAGUUUCGCGCCGCGUCGUCGUUGUUCGCUCCGGCGAACGAAGAGACGACGCCACAGCGGAGGGCGCCGGGCCGCGGGGAUGGGGAACCAGCUGAGCGCCCCCCCGCGCGUGCAGCCCGGGGAGCUCCUCGCUUCGGAUGUCCCGAACCUCGUGUACAAGGACAGCCUCGGAGGCGGACGUUUCCUCAAGACUUUCCUCGUCCGCCACGACGAGCCCGGCACCUCCGGCGGCGGCGGCCUCGUCGUCGUGAAAGCCUACCUCAAACGCGGGUCCCCGGACGCGCUCUCGCGCGAAGAGAUCGAGACGCACGCGAAGAACCUCCGGACGUCGCGCGAGCGUCUGCUCUCGCCGCCGCCGACGCUGCCGCACUGCGCGCCGUUCGCGCGCGAACUCGAGACGGACAGAGCGUUGUACUUGAUGCGCCAGUACGCGCACGGCACGCUGUACGACCGCCUCUUCACCCGGCCGUUCCUCUCGCGCGUCCAGAAGAAGUGGAUCGCGUUCCAGCUGCUGCACGCGCUGAGCGAGUGCCACGAGCGCGGCGUCGUCCACGGGGACGUCAAGUGCGAAAACGUGUUGCUCACCUCGAGAGGGUGGGCGUUCCUCGCGGACUUCGCGACGUUUAAGCCCGGGUCGCUGCCCGCGGAUAACCCCGCGGAUUACUCGUAUUACUUCGACACGGGCGGACGAAGGCGGUGCUACGUCGCCCCGGAGCGGUUCCGCGACGGCGGCGGGGAUCGAACCGGCGGCGGCGCGACGCCCGCGGCGGACGUCUUCUCCCUCGGCUGCGUCUUCGGCGAGCUCUUCCUCGACGGCGCCGCGACGUUCGACUACUCGCAGCUCCUCGCGUAUCGACGCGGGGAGUUCGACCUUCGCGCGGCGCUCGCGCCCGUGGGAGACGAUGACGUCGUGGACAUGAUCGCGGAGAUGUGCGCGAGGGACCCGGCGGCGCGACCGAGCGCGAAGGCGUGUCUCGACGCGCGAUCGAAGCGCGGGGGUUUUUUCCCCGCGUAUUUCGACGCGUUGCACGACUUUUGCGGAGGGUUGCUGACCGCGGACGCGGACGAGGUGGCGGCGGAGGUGAGACGCGCGUUCGAUCCGCUCAUGGCGGCGAUCGUCGAGGAGGAGUGGAGGAAGGAUGGAGGCGGCGGCGAGACUGCUUCCCGCGCGACGCCGUCGCCGCGGAGUGUCGCGCCGUCUCUGAAGGAAUUUGACGGCGGCGGCGACGGCGGCGAAGACGCCGACGAGGAGAAAGAGUCGUCCAUGGCGGGGUUGAUGGCCGACAUCUCGAACCUCGCGGUCACGAGCGACGCCGGCGGCGGCGGCGACGGCGGCGACGACCUGUUCGCCGCGUCGCGGUCGGUCGAUUCGCCGUCCGCCUCCGCCUCCUCCUCCUCCCGCGCCGGCGCCGGCGCCUCCCCGCUCGACGCCGUCGCCGCCGCGGGCGCGACGUGCCCCGGCGCCGCGCUCGUCGCGUCGCUCGUCUGCGCGACCCUCCGCGGCGCGUCGUCGCCGUCCGCGCGGCGCGCGUUGCUAAAACUCCUCGCGCGCGUCGCGGCGGUCGCGGACGACGACGCGCGUUUGCAAGUGAUCGUGCCGCACGCGAUCGACCGCGUCGGCGACACCGCCGCCGUCGUCCGCGCCGCGGCGGUGAAGACGCUCGCGUCGACGCUGCCGAGGGUGAGAUCGCACCCGGCGUCGGACGCGAAGGUGUUCCCGGAGUUCAUAUGGCCGUCCCUGAGCGGGCUCGCGAGGGACCGGGAGGAGAGCGUGAGGGUCGCGUACGCCGCGGCGCUGGCCGCGCUGGCGAGCGCGAGCGAACGGUUUUUACGACGCGGCGGCGGCGGCGGCGGGAGCGGCGACGAGGAAGCCGCCGCCGCCGAGGUCGCACUAUCGAAACGACGCGGCGGCGGUUCCGGCCGCGCGGACGGCCCGUCCACGCGCGCGGCGCUGCUCUCGGACGCGCCCGCGCUCGCGUCGUUCUUCGGCCGGGCGGACGCGAACGACUUUCUGUUGCCGCUUUUGAUCACGUGCCUCAACGACCGCGCGUGGUCGCUGCGCGCGACGUUCUUUCGGCGGAUCGCGUCCGUCGCGAGUUUCGUGGGACGGGAGCCGUGCGAGGCGUUCUUGCUGCCGUGCAUCGAGCGGUGCCUCUCCGACGCGAGCGACGUCGUCGUCGCGAGAGCGUUGGAGUGCCUCGGCGAUCUCGUCGCGCCGCCCGAAGAAGCCUCCGUCGACGAAAACGUUCCGCCGGGGAGCGUCGCGUUCGCCGCUUCCUCCGCGCCGCCGAUGAUUCUCCAGAAACGCUCCAUCGUCGCCGCGGUAAAGCGCGCGGCGCCGGCGACGUUACACCCGUGCGCGUCCGUGCGCGUCGCGGCGACGCGGUUCGUCGCGCGCGCGUGUCGACGCUUGGGACCCGCGGACGUCUUCGCGAGCGUAUUGCCACACGCGACGCCGUUCCUGUCUGAAAAUUUCGCGAAGUGCCCUGGCCCCGCGCUGUCUGGGCUCCUCGCGGACGAGUCGACGCUGCGCGCCGCGCUGAGAACGCCGCCGCGGCGGCGCGCGUUCGACGCCGCCGUGGACGCCGCGGCGGGGAUCUACCGCGGCGAGACGGCGACGCCGUCGGACGACGACGACGCGUCGAUGGACCCGGAGGCGGCGAGGGAAGAGAGGCGCGCGCUCGCGGCGCUCGCGACGUACGUCCAGAGCUUCGCGGGCGCGCGGAGGGCGCAGGACGCGGAGACGCCGGCGUCUAUCGUGUGCGGCGGGCUGACGCGAGAGGCUGUCGCGGCGGCGGCGCGCGGCGGCGGCGGCGGCGGCGGUGGCGCGGACCUCGGAGGGUCGGCGGACGCGCGCGGGUCGACGAACCCGCUCGAUGGGAUGAUGAGCAUGAACCCUCUGAACCUUCACGACCCUUCCUCGCGCGGUCUCGACGCCGCCGCCGCGACGCCGAGCGACGACGGCGGGGCGUUUUCGUACGCGUCCCCGGGGGGACUCGGCGGGUUCGGCGCCGCCGGGUCGGGGAUGCAGUUUUCGUCGUUCUUCGAAGACGCCGCGAGCGCGAGCGCGGGCGGCGGCGGCGACGCGAAAUCGGCGGGCGCGGGCGGCGGCGGCGCGGACCUCAUCGACGACGACGCGUGGGCGGCGGUCUUCGGCCCGCGGUCGCCGCCGCUGGUGCCUCCGGGCGCGCGCGCGCCGCCGCCGCCGGUGGGGCACCUGUACGGCGGCGGCGGCGCGGCGACGGCGAAAGAAGCCCCGUCGGCCGCGAAGGGGCACGCGCGCACGUCCUCGGGCGCGGAUUUCGUCGCGGAGGAGAACGGCGAAGACAAACCGUCGAUCGUCGCGGGUGAGUACGCGUCCGGGACGACCGGAGACGCGUGGACUCCGCGCGGCGUCCUCGUCGCGCACCUCACGGAACACCGCGGCGCGGUGAACGCCGUCGCGGCGUCGGACGACGGCGCGUUCUUUGUCACCGGGAGCGACGACGGAUGCUUAAAGGCGUGGGACGUCGCCAACGCGGAGCGGGACGCGUUCUUUCGGUCGAGGGCGACGUACGGAGGGCAUCGCGCGGGGGCGUCCGCGUCCGCGUCCGCGUCCGACGCGGCGUGCAAAAUCACCGCGGCGGCGGCGUUAUCAGACGACGGCCACACGAUCUGCUCCACCGCGGACGACGGCAGCGUGCACGCGUGGCGCGUCGAGCUCGCGGCGGGCUCGGGCUCGGGCUCGGGCUCGGGACCCCCGGGGUCCCGGCCCGCGAGCGCGAGCGAGGUGGCGCGCGCGUCCCCGAACGAGGGCGCGUGCUCCGCGGUGAUUAAACUCUCCGCCAACGUCGCGUGCGUCGCGACCGAACGCGGCGGCCUCCGCGGCUGGGACCUCCGCGCGCCUUUGCGCGGCGACCGCGACCGCGGCCGCGGGACUCUCGGUAACGCGUUCGCGGUCGACGUCCCGCCGCGGCUCGGCGCGGUGACCUGCGUCGUCGCGGAAGCCGGCGCGUCGCCUCGGUGGACGUGCCACGGGACCUCCGCGGGCGCGUUGUGCCUCGUCGACGCGCGGUUCGGUCUCUCCGUCGCGGAGUGGCGGCACCCGCACGGCGCGUAUUCGCGCGUGGACGCGAUCGCUCUCGGCGUGGACGGCGUCGGCGCGGGCCACAAGAACGACGCGGCGCUCGUGUGGGCGGCGGCGGGCGGGGACGAGCUCGCGCUGUGGGACGUCGGCGUCGGCGCGUGCCGGAGAGUCGCGCGGGUGCUGCGGCCGCCGUCGGAGACGACGGCGCGGACGAUGCCGAGCAGUUUGCGUCGCGGCGGGAGGCUGACGCGCGCGGCGGCGACGUGCGGCGAUCCUCGCGCGUGGGCGAAGGCGAAGGCUGGCGGCGGCGGCGGGGUCGAAGGCGGUGGCGGCGGCGGCGGAGACGAAGACGGCAUGCUCGAUUUCCGCGUCGACGACUUGAAGGAGACGACGGGCGCCCCCCGGAGCGAAGGCGCGCGGUGCCUCUUUUCGCUCCCGAACGGCGCGCUCCUCGCCGGCGGCGGCGACGCGUGCGUGCGUCUGUGGUGCCCGCUCGAGCCCGCGCGCGGGCGCGUCGUGCACGGCCCGCUGGGGCGGAACGAUCGACCGAAGCACGAGGAGGUGUACGCGUCGAAUUUACCCGUCGCGCAGGAGCGUCCGUCGGCGAGCGCGGAGGCUGCGGCGGCGGGGGCGGGGCUCCGGGCCGGCGGCGACGGCGGCGUCGCGGAGGCGAUCGCGUCCGCGGCGGGGCGGCACGACUGUCACAGGGACGCGGUGCUCGCGAUGUGCGUCACCGGGUUCGGGACGGGGAGGGUGCUCGUCACCGGCGGAAGGGACGCCGCCGUGAAGGUGUGGAAGUGA